UUUUCCAUAGGAUUAGUUAUAAAAAGAAAGGCAAUGCAAUGAGCAGCUUAGCUUCUUGGUCUUAUCAAUGAAAGGUAGACUCACCAAAGGCUUGUGAACUUUUCUGGAAAAAGCACUGGCUGCCUCGUUCGUCUCUACAUGGUCAAUAGCUGUGUUUCUGCAGGACCAAAGGAACAGAUUGGUUAGUGAAGAAUGCUGUCAGAAGGGUAUCUCAGUGGGCUUGCCUACUGGAAUGACAUCCACCGGAGCUGCACAUCUUAUAAUGAGCGGGUGGCUGAGGAAAAGGAGGAUGAGACAAAAUCUGCUGCUCUUUCCUACUCCUCUGUGGAUGAAACACAAGUCAGAAGUCUCUAUGUGAGGUGCAAAUCUUCUGGCAAGUUUAUUUCUUCAGUGCAUUCAAGAGAGAGCCAACACAGUAGGAAGCCAAGAAUCACCAUGCGGCAGACAACCCCCAAUCCUGUGUAUGAAAGCCCAAACUUGGCUGCAGUUGAAAUAUGUAGAGAUGCCAGCAGAGAGACCUACUUGGUUCCACCUUCCUGCAUAAGUAUUUGCAAGAAUUACAGUGACUUACACAUUGCAGGGGGCCAGGUGAUGGCUAUGAAUUCAGUGACAAAAGAUUUUCCCUCCGUGGGCAGUUUUGAAUAUGGCCCUUUGCUGAAAUCAUCUGAGAUUCCUUUGCCCAUGGAGGAGUCCAUUUCCUCUCAGCCCAGUGACUUUCCCUCCAAACCUAUCCAGAGGUAUUCAUCCUACUGGAGAAUAACCAGCAUCAAAGAGAAAAGUAGCCUGCAAAUGCAGAAGCCUAUUUCGAAUGCCAUGCUGAAUGAGUACCUGGAGCAGAAGGUGGUGGAGUUAUAUAAGCAGUACAUCAUGGACACUGUGUUUCACGAUAGUUCUCCUACCCAGAUUCUGGCAUCAGAACUCAUCAUGACAAGUGUGGACCAAAUUAGUAUCCAAGUGUCUAGAGAGAAGAAUCUGGAGACCUCAAAAGCCAGAGAUAUAGUCAUUAACCGCCUAUUACAGUUGGUGUCAACUGAAAUCAGCACUCCUAGUCUCCACAUUUCCCAGUACAGCAAUGUGAAUCCAUAGAGAGGAUGCUCCCAUUCCUCUUUCUCAUCUACUCAAAGCUAGAGCAAUAUCUCUUCAUUUAUUCUGAGAAUGUACAAGAGGGGUGGUGAAGGGGAGUCAAGAGCUAGAGUGGUAAAGGUGAGCUGGAAUUAAGAGGAAAAAGCAAUAUUACACAUGAUGAUGGAUUGUGGGAUGAGAAGCUAUAAUGAACAAUUCCAAAGCAAGGGUUGUAUAACAACAACAAAGUUAAAAUUAAAAAAGGUAUGAUUGGUUUAAGGGGACACGCACCAUGGCAAAACUAAGAAGCCAAAGGGUUCACGGUAAAUAGUUAAGAAUGUGUUUAUUAUCCACAUACAUUCCUCCAAGUUGUUUCUUUUUGAGGGAAAUGGACUGUAGAAGGCUGCUAUAUUUGUGUAGAAAGACAGGUUCAGUUUUCAAAAUAUGUUUAUCUUUUCUCUAUUCUGUAUCGGGAAGCCAUUUAAAAAUAUAUUCUUUAUAAAUAUUAAGACAGCAGCAAAUUACAAUUGUGUUUUGGAAUGAUUACCUGGCUACAGCCACAGUACAGCCACUCAAAUAUAAUUCUGUUUACUAGUGGGGAUGAAGUUUUCUAAAUUGAAAAUACCACAUAGUAAAUAUUAAACUACUUUGUUUUCUUUUGCUGUGUUUGACUUUCUUGGUGGUACUAAGCUUCAAAAGAAAUUAUGACUCUUUUUUUCCCCCAUUUUUCACCUCUUUUUUCUAUGUUCUCUUGGCCUUUCUGGAGCCAGGAAGGGGUCUUCCAUACCUUAAAAACAACAUUGCAAGCUCUAAGGUCCCAUGAUAUCAAAUUCUGUAAAUUAAUGUACUAGAAUGGCAGACUCAUGAGCAUUUCACUGUUCCAUCCCAUUCUUCUAGCCCAGGGGCUGGCCAACUAUGGCUCAUUGGCCAAAUCUAGCUUGCCAUCCAUUCGUAAAAAUUGACAUAAUAAUUAAGAAAUCGACAAAAGAAUUGACACAACAUGUUUCGGGUGUACAUGACUCGAUGUUUGUAUAUAUGCAAAAUGAUCACAAUAAACCAUUACAUCC